GUUACGGGUGCCGGCGAGGAUCAGGCCCUUCAAAAUGAGUUCCCAGAGAGGAAACGUGCACCGAUCGAGGCCCCAAAAACACCGAAACGCGAUUGUCUUCAAAAACGAUAAACAUGAUUGUAGUUCGCGGACUAAGAUGUUAAACUCCAAGUCACAUGAUGGCGUUUGUCAGCAUUGCAAAGAUGUGCUAGAAUGGCGAGUAAAAUUCAGCAAGUACAAGCCUCUCACACAGCCUAAGAAAUGUGUGAAAUGUUUACAGAAGACGGUGAAAGAUGCGUAUCAUAUAAUAUGUAAGCCUUGUGCCAUUCAGCUGGAACUUUGCGCUAAAUGUGGGAAAAAAGAAGACAUUGUUGUGCCAAUUGUAAAAGAACCACAGGCUGCAGAUAAUGACAGUACAGCUAGCAAAAAGGAGAAUGAAAUGGGGGAUGAGGAAGAGGAGGACGACUUGGAUUGUGGCCUGAAUUUAAAUUCUUCAGAUGAUGACUUUUCAUAAGAAAAGAAAAAGAUCACAUUAAACUAACACCAACUCUUCAGCAGUUUUUACCUAGUGUACAUACAAUGACAAAAGUAUCUUUUUCUUAGUAGAAUACAAUAAAAACUAUUUUCUAUAAAGUUUUAAUUUUGUGUAUUUAAAGUGACCCUGAAGGUACUGUUUUAAUUUCAUCCUUGAAACCUAUUGGCAACAAUACUCAUUUUUCCUGUUAUGUCACUCACUCGAAAGCCAUUGGACACAAGCAACAUAACUUUAAGGACAACAUUUAAAGUUUGUUUGAUUUCUCUGUAUUGUCUUUGGGGUUAAGCAAAUAAAGCAAAACUGUGGUUGUGCACCAAACUGAAA